CCACAUAGAGCCAUGGAGACUUGAACCAGCUGACGGAAUCCUGGUCUCCUUGCAGGUCCUGUUGUCUCUGCAGGAUCACACGCGCUGCCGCAUUGCGCAUGGUCCUCUGUUGUUGCGGCAGCACCCCGAGCAUCCCUGGUCGUCCAGAACAACGGUUGUCAUGGAGACAUUAAUUCGCUCAGAAAAGGCAGAAUUCGACACUCCCACCCCCCACCCCCCGAGGCUUUUGGCGGGAAAAGCAGGCGGGGGUAGACGACUAUGAUUUUGGUAAGAGAAAGAUACCAUUACUCGAAUCAGCCCCCGUCUCUAUGGGAACACGACGGGCCGUUGUCAGGAUGUGGGGUCCUUGGGAGUGGGAGUCCAGCUGCGUCCACCUCCGGUGUUCAUCCACCGCCGGCCUCCCAUCCCCCCGCCUGGCCCCAGCCUGGCCGGAUCUGUUUUUCUAAACCGAGAAAGGAGUGACUCACCACUCCGGUUUCAAAACAGGCCAUGAGGGGGGUGGGGGUGGGGGUGGAGGGAGCUAACGUUAAGGCGCUGUUUAAACAGGUGUUUCAGCUCACCACGCAGUCGUCUCAUGCUACAGUAGACAUGAGCAACUACAUGUCGUGUGUAAAGUGUGCCGUGACCUCAGGAAAUUGCCAAAUCUGAGUAAAUUUGGCUAUACUUUUACGUUUUAAGGAAUUUCAUGCAGUCUUCGCUGUAUUUUUGGAAAAAUGCAUUGUGCAUUAUACAUUUAGUUUAAAAUCAGUGACAGGGCAGUCAUGUGAAAGUCCAGUCUGCAUCUCUUUUGAAGGAGAAAAGGAAGCAGGAGAAGGAUUAAUGAGGCAUAAGAAAGCCAUAUGUAGACGCAAGCAGGACAGACAGACUUCCCCUAAUGGUGGAGCAUUCUAAAAAAAAUGUUGAUGAAAAUAUAUUGAUCUUAUUGAUGAAAAACAAUGAGCCAUGUGGUAACAGUUUAUCUGCUUCUUUAAAUAAACCCCUGCUGUGGGCCUUUCAGCAAAGAAAACAUGCUUUUGUUCUGAAGUUUCUACCAUCUACUAUUACUCUACAAGUGGCCUCAAUCAAUGUUUUGCUUGGGAAACAUUUCCUACCCCCGCUGGCCUAUAUUUUUAUUAGCUAAUUAGUUUGAGGAUCAGAUCUAUUGUUUGUUGACGAGACAGAGACUUUGAGGUCCUCAGGCCCUGCUUCAGAGACAUUUCGGCCCACUCCCAUGUAUUCCAUCCCUGUGACCUUAACAAAUAAACCCUCUACCUAUUCUCUGAUGGCCGGGUGAGGGUUUACAGAGCUACAACUUCCGUGAUCUGGUCCUCCUGUGGACUCCCUGUCCUAAGGCUGAAAAGCAACUCGGUAAUGACAGGUCUGGAAAAAGAAAUGGUGUUUACACUAUGGGGCAACAUCUGAUGACAAAAUAUUGAUGGGACUCCAAAGUGCGUUUGUGCGAAGGUCUUCCAACUAUUUUUGUGCAGGCAAUGUGUGGUUUUGUCGAAAUCCAUUUCCCAGACCUGUGCUCCUUCCCUAUUCUGGUACUUUUUUCUAUAAAUAAAAAAAAGGGUUUCACAGGCCGGCAACCCUUUGUUGGGAUCACAAAAUAACAGCUGUAACUUAAUACCCCAUUUGGAGUGUAGGCCACAGGAAGCGGCUAUAAUUACUAUUUUCACACAAAAGAAACAACUCACAAAAAUGCAGUUAGCUGUUUUCAAGGUUAUUAAACUUACAGUCGUCAAUGGCACUUCUUGGUUAUGUUAACCCAUGCGCAUGUUUGUUAAAUGCUGUUGUGCAUCAUAACAGCAGAGUCAAAGUAUUUUUUGGAGAUCAGUUUAUAGAUUUUGGGCGCUAUUACCUUCAUUUUACACACAGGGUGUUUGGAAAUGAGUGCAUAGUCCAACAUCAAAACAUAAUAACAUAAUAGUGACACAUACAAACUACAAACCAGUGUUUACCAGGGACCAAUAUUUGCUAGUAUAAACAUAUGUUGAACCUGUAUUCAAUAUAUUGUGUCAUAGAGCUAAUGUAAUAUGUGGAAAUCACAUUCUCCCUUCAUAAAUAUGUCAAUAGCCCCAUCACAGGUGAAUUCAUUCCCCUAAAAACAAAUUGAGCUAGAUAAGCUAUAGUUAUAUAUCUUAAAUGUAUAUAAAACCCUUUACAACUGCCUCAGAUAAUGAAUUGUGCUGUAUUUGUAAACUUGUCUUGUCGCUUUACUUUUUCACAUUACAUUGUUCCCAACAUUAUGUCUCAAUUAACCAGCGAUAAAGCUACAGUAGAACAUAAAUCAGAAUUACAGGUUUUCAGCUAAACAAAUUUAAAAAAACAAGGCAUUAACCAUCGGAUUCAUAAUUAAUAAUAUAUGAUUCAUUAUAUUUUAUGAUUGUCAGAGGGAAAUUACGUUGGGCCUCUGCCUCACGAUCACUACACUCAAAACUGGCAACUCUAAUGUAUAUUGUCUGAUUCUCCGCCUCUCCUAAUAGGCUACUGGUCUUUGAGAUCAAACCUUCAGAAAAUAGAUUAAUUAAACAUACAUAUGAGAAAAGCCAAAUGUACUUUGAUACCAAAGUGUUUUGAGAUGUGACGUAAAAUAUACUUUACAUGUAAAUGGCAAUUCAUUUAUUAUUUUGUAGAGACCUUAUAAUGUGUUUUAUGUCAUGAUUCUCUGUUACUCCGUUAUUAAAAGGGGGAACAUCCUUUAAUAAUGGUCAUAUAUACAUUUGUACAUAGUCUGUAAGAAUAUCUUAAUAUUCGUCUUAAGGCUGCAGUCUUGUUUUGAUAUGGCCAUAAUGUCCACGAGUUAAAUAUAUUUAAAAUAUGUAAUCUGACAUUAACCAAAAAUUAAAAUGUGAUCCGACUGUAUGUUCUCUGGUUAUUUCGGUGAGGGUCAACAACGCCCGUAUGUGAGCGACACUCGGGAGCCACUCUUCACUUUUAUGUUUAACGUGUCGUUAACGGCAUUAACCACCACACGGUGAGUCAGCGUAGCUGUUGGCUGUUAAUGUUCAAACUCACCGGCUGUCAAAAAAAAUAAAAAUAAACCGUCUAGCGGUGGUUGAUCUCACGGCGGUUACAGUGCGGGAAAUUAACAUUAACUCAACCGCCCCCUUGCUCAACGGAUUUUUACAACGGCUGUUUCUUGGCUGGCUUUUACCCACAGUCAUGUGAUUGUAACGUAAAACCCCUAACCGGAAAACAACGACGGACGACCCUCUCCGCCGCCAACGAAUGCUGCGUUCGCUAGCAACAGUACAAGCCGCUGCGAGCCCAGAGAGGACGGACGAGUCCCCGGUAACAAACAAACAACGGCGACACGGCAAACUCCACGGGUCUAAACCGGAGAGCAGGUUAAAGAAUGGAGUUGGCCAACCAUGGUCUUAUCCUGCUGCAGCAGCUUAACGCUCAGAGGGAGUUUGGCUUCCUGUGCGACUGCACUGUGGCGAUCGGAGAUGUCUUCUUCAAAGCCCACAAAGCCGUCCUUGCUGCCUUCUCCAACUACUUCAGAAUGCUCUUCAUUCAUCAGGACAGUGAUUGUGUGCGUCUGAAGGCUGCUGACAUACAGCCAGAUAUCUUCAGCUACCUCCUCAACCUGAUGUACACAGGCAAGCUCGCACCCCAGCUGAUAGACCCUGCACGGCUGGAGCAGGGGGUCAGAUUCUUGCACGCCUAUCCACUCUUGCAGGAGGCCAGCCAGUCUGUGUAUUCCCACGCUGAGCAGCACAGCAUCAACCUUUCCACCUCUCUCUACGGCAUCCAGAUCUCUGACCAACAGGUAGGGCUGUCAGCCAGAGUGGCCUCUCGGCAGCAGCUCUCUGCUCCUUUUGACAUGGAGCAGCUGAGCUCAGAGGGGAAGUUUCUAUCCACACCGGCUGCCACGGCUUCAUACGCCAACUCCUUACUGUCCAAGCUCGUUGCCACUCCCCCAGACGCGGAGGCCUCGACCAGUGGCACCAAGCCUACAGCUGAGGAGGGGGAGAUGGACUCGCAAAGUGCAGGUGGCCCCUCAGCCAGUGCCAUCCUUCAUGUAAAGCCCAGCAUCAUGAAGAGGAACUCCUCCUUUAGGAAGCAUUACUCCUGUCAUCUGUGCAGGACUCGAUUCACCCAGAGAAGCCUGCUGAGAGAGCAUCUCCUCCAACAUACCCAUGCUCUACAGCAGGCGCAGGCUGAGCCCAGCAAUGCACUCUCACCUGUCAUGACUGCAGAACACAGCAUGCUCGCGUUAGACCGGGUCCUCAAGGGAAGCAAGGCAGGGUCAGGUUUAAUGUCUGCCACUCCAGCAGUUGAGCUAAUCAGUGACAACGAGCAAACGCCCGUUUCUGGAACCAACUCGGACUCCCCACGAGCAGAGGUGUCCACUUCCGGCUGGGGCGUGGGAGGAGGGUUGAAUUCUCAGGCAGACACACCGCCUCCGUCAGACAUUGCGGACAUCGACAACCUAGAGAGCGCCGAUUUGGACAGGGAAGUGAAGCGGAGGAAGUACGAGUGCUCUACCUGCGGACGCAAGUUCAUUCAGAAGAGCCACUGGCGCGAACACAUGUACAUCCACACGGGCAAGCCCUUCAAAUGCAGCGCUUGCGGCAAGAGCUUCUGCCGGGCCAACCAGGCGGCCCGCCACGUGUGCCUGAACCAGGGGGCCGACACCUACACCAUGGUGGACCGGCAGAGCAUGGAGCUGUGCGCCGCAGGCGACGACAGCAGCCAGAUGGAGGCGAUGUUCCUGGGCUCAGCGAAGCCUUACAAGUGCAACAUUUGUGCGACCACCUUCUCCAGUCCCAACGAGGUGAUCAAACACUUGUGCUUCACGCAAGGGGGAUUGGUGGGGCUGCAGGGAAACGCGGGCGCGCUGAUGCUGCUCCAGCGUGAAGAGUACUCCAAAGAUGACGGCUCUGAUUUGUCCAACUCCGGCACCCCACUGGAACCCAUAAAGACUGAGGAGAUCCUCGUAGAGUAGCGCCAACACUUUCUAUUUGUCCUUUUUAACAUGUAUGUUUACUUUCUAAAUUCUGGUUAAUAGGUAAGCUGAAGGUGAAGUUAGUCAGGGUAUGUAUGUUUGAGCUCCUCAACCUACGAAAACAGUAAAGUGUUUUUUCCAUGAGUUGAAUGGGGGGUGGGAGUGGGGGUUACAGUAUUUUGGACAUUUAUGGUCCUCAAAGCGAAAAUUAAAUAGUGAUGUAAAUCCCCUAUAUCUCUGGAGUUCAGUCUAACAUCAAUAAAGAAACACAUAACUUUACCAUUUGACUUGAGGCUAAAUUACCAAUAAGGGGGAUGAAGUAACUAAUACUUUGUUUCAUCCAAUCGUUCUAUGGUUGGUGUUCAUUAGUAUUAGACUUUCAGGCUGCACAACAUUGUUUUUCCUUUGCCUCAACAGCUACAGUUGUGGUCAGGCUGCAUAGGCAGACUUUGAGUUUAAGAGGAAGAGGAAGCUGAGACGGUUCCGGAGGCCGCACCAUGUGAGAUGAGUUUGCUGUGCUAGAUUUGAGGAGGAGAAGCGGCUGCACAGUAGAGUUGUUUUUUCAUGGCCACAAAUGAGAGACUUAUUCUGCAGGUCAGGUAGAGAUUAUGAUUCCAGCUAAAAGUACACAACAUAUUCAUACCCGAGACAAUCUGUGCCCUUUUUUGAGUAGCUGCCUGAUAUGCAGGAGAGUACACGUCUUCCACUCGUGUUUGGGUUGUUUAUGCUCGGCAGAAUGAAUAACUUGAAUAGUAAAGUAUUUACCAUUAUUUUCAUCCUUCUCAGCAACCGUUUAGUUGUUGGUAGUUUAGUUGUUACUCUGUUUUCUUGACUGCUAGUGUAAUUAUGGUUCCUGUGACCGUACAUCUAAUUAAAGCACAAUUGCUCUUCAUACUAGAGUUGGGCCACUAAAUAAAUUGGUCACAACAAGCAAAAGUGUUCCUUGUGUUUACAGUUGAGCCCUUUUGAUUCUAGUUUACUUUCCAUUUUUACUUAUGUUGUAUAUCUCGUGUUGAAGGAGCAGCAUGUUUCUUCAGACACACACACACCUUGGUUAGAGGCUGUCCUAUACAACAUUGUACAGCUUGUCUUUAUAUAAUUAGUUUCAAUCUGCUCCUAGAAGCCCAUCAUUUCUGUUUGACAUGCUUUUCUAAUUUUAAAUACAAUUAUAUAUUUUAAAAAAUUACUUUAUAUUGCAACGGUUUAUGUAUAUUAUGAGACGAAUGGCUUUCAAACUAGGAUUACAUUUGGUUUAGUAAAAUGUUAUGUAAAAGGAAUGGGCAUGAUCAUUUCUUAAAGAAAUAGGCUAAAAUAUGUUAGAAUAACAAAACACAUAUUUGGCAUUUUAAGUAUCUUCACUUUGCCAAAUGCGUUCUUAUUUCUAACCGUCUUCUUAUUUUUGUGUGUAAAGGGAAACAUUUUCUCUGUAUUGUUGAGACUGUCUGACAUUAAUAUUUGUUCUUUAACAAAUCGGAAAAGGAAGUAGUAGUUUCAGAAGUAGUCAUUUCUAGAAAACAUGGAAGAAAUAAUGCCGGUGAACAUGUUGACACCUCUGUGAUGCAGAUGUGCUGGAGUAAGAAUGAUCCACCUGUCAGUAUGGAGUUCAUAUGAACUCAGGCAGGGAUGACGGUGCGACACGGGGACGGUUAGCUUUAAUACGAAAGAGGAAAUGACAGGGUAUCUCUAUACUCGACUGUCUGGACACAUACGUGUUGUGUGAAUAUGAAAGAUGCCAUUAAUAGUAACUUAGAAGGACAUCCCUUGUUUGGGAUUACAGACACUUUCUAAGAACUACUGAUGACUGGAAAUUGUGAAAGUUAAGAGUUAAAUUGUUGAGUUAAUGUGAAGCAGUUGUGUGAUUUCUCAUGCUGAAACAUGUCAAGUGUAACAAAAGCAUAAUAGGAAUUCAUGAACAAAAUUCUCAAUUGGGCACCUCGGGUUGAGAUGGUUAAGUUUAUUCAAGUUUUGAAGUAUUGCUGUCUUCUGUUUAUUUCUUAUUUUUACUUUUUUUUGUUUUUUACUUUGCAGCCUGGAUUUUAUUAUGAAUGAUAUUUUAGGGAGGCUUGUGAAACUGUUUUAAUAUUGUUAUUGUUCCUUCUAGUGGAAAAUAAAUUCUGCAUGGUAAAGUUAUUGCAACAGCAUUGCCUUUCUUUGCAGCCAAUACUAACCAUUAGAAUGCAAAAGAACGAAUAGAUGUUUUAGUCUGACAUUUGUCUCCCACAUUUCUGCCUGACGCAGCGACGGGAGCUUUUUAUCCCAGAGAACAAGCUAUCAAUCCAAAAGACUAAUCUAGAGUGUCAGUCAUAUAUAUUUCACAAAAUAAUUUUAAAGCAGUUUUUAACUAAGCCACACAGAAGCUCAUUCAUGUGUAUUGUAGAAAGUAUUAUUAAAUGUAGUCUUUGUGGGAUUUAUUGACUAGUUUCCAUCUUUUUAGUAUUUAUUUUCUGAACAUAUACAAAAAAAUACCCAUCCCUAGUAUAACAUGCAUCUUUUUUCUUUUGAGCCUCAGCCUCAAGUCAGGGUUUGUGACCGAGAGGAUGAGGCCCAGUUCUGAUUUGGUUUACCUGGUAUUCUUGUUCUUUGAAUCCUAUGUUGCUGCUUUGAUGCAAUGAGCCCAGUGAUGAGCUAGAUGGAGCUGUUUUUCUUAUUUGUCUACUCAGGUCGAGGGAGAAGGCUGUCCAAUUUGAAGUAGUAUUUCUGGGCUGUGGGUUUUCAAUAAUUAUACCAUGAAUCAAUAUGCCAUCACAUUUUGGUUAAAAAUAAAAGAAGAAAAGAUCCCAAAUGGCGGUGAACUUCUUCUUGCAAGUGUUAAGUGUUGACUAAUGGAAGGAUUCUUGUUUGUCUCCCAUGUUUCUUUUUCUUUGGGGCAACUGAAAUGUACUACUGACAUUCAUUUCUCAGAGCUCAAUUGGUGCACAGAAAGAUGCAUAGCUUUAUGAAAAGUCUAAAUCCUUCCUCAUUUCAAAGUUGUAAUUGUCCUUCUGCCACACCAGUCUUGUAACCUAUUGGUUUGUGUAUGUGGGUGUUUAAAUAUCGCCGUAUCUCAGGAAGAGGAGAACGUCGUCAUUGUCUUUUCUGUCCACUGUUUCUAAAAACAAUGAUGUCAUUUCAAACCCCCGAUCGUCCUGCCCAAUGCCCAUCUGUGAUCAAUAUGUGUUCUCAGGAAUGUGAGUAAACUUCUGUAUAAACAAUUUAGGUUUUUUUCACUGAAGAAUGAACAAUAAAGACAUGUUUUUUAAAAA